AUGAACACCAUGAACCCAAUAUGCACCAAUACCGGUGGUAGCCCAGGUGAUAGGAGUGCGAACCAGCAUGCUAUGAGCGUAACUACCAUGAUCUCGGCGAGCAGGAUAUCUCCCAUCAACCUCAAUCUUUUCACCUCUGAAGAGUGGGAUCGCCCUUGUUUUGGGGGAGGCUCUUCGGCAAACACCCUGACGAGUGGCACUCAGGACCCAAGCAAGGAGUACGCGUUAGACAGAACAUUGCCCGUCGAUGAGUCGGCCGAAUUCGCGCGGGUAGAGAAGCUGGUUCAGGCUGAGAAGGAGAUUGAGGCCUUGAAAGAGCAAAAUAUCGUGCUCCAAAACCGGGUAGCCAAUCUCAAGAGUGAAGUAACGCAGGUUACAGUUUGGAGCCAGAAUCUUCAAACAUAUUUAUUUGAUUACAGCUCUUGGGCGAGGGAUGCUAUGGGGGAAGUUAUUAGCCACAUCAGUGAUGACUGGGUGAUGGAUGGGGAGGUAGAGUAG